UAAAGAAACUUAUAUUGUUCUGUGUAAUGAAAGGAAGAUGGACAACAGACUAUAAAGAAAGCAGUAUACAGGGUUUGAUUGUAGAAGAAGAGAGAAUAAGAAAGGAGAGUGUUUGUGGUUGUUGAAGGUAUGAAGGGGGGAAGUGCAGUUAGUAGUGUGGAAAUGAGAGUGGCGUGGAAAUAGAAAAAGGUGGUGAUGUAAAAAGUCAAUAAUGUCCUUUGCGUAUUGUCGCUGUCUUAGGCUUCGUAUUUGCAGGUCAUCGCCCCCCACAAACUCCAAUCGGAAAGGUCCCACACAGACAACAAAUCCUUUAAUUUUCCUCUCUCCAUCCAACCCCUCAACUCAUUUCACCUUCCUCACACGCACGCGCUCGAGUGAAGAAGACCAGUUUUUCAAAGAGUCUGCCCUCUUUCUCUCUCAUUCCCUCAUCUCGCUUUGGCCUAAGACAACAAUAACAACAUCAAAAAAUCCGACAUCUCUCGCUUUCCCAACUUCACACCCUGUUUCUUUUGGAUAGAAGGAACCCUUAAAUACACAGUCUCUCUCUUCUUCUUUCACUCUUCAUGCUUCUCAAUUACUUCUGUUUGGAUGAAUCUUGAUCUCUGUCUCCACCACUCUCCUACAAGGUAACAAAAGCAAUCGGAGAGGGCGAGGUUGUCUGGUAAUGGAUGUGGGGUGCGUGCUGUUACUGUGGUGGGUGACUUUGAUUCCGGGGAUUUUAUCAGAUCCAAGCGACGAGGCAUGUCUGACACACCUCAGCAAGUCCUUGGAAGAUUCCACCAACUUGCCCCAUAACUGGAAAGAAGAGAACUUUGCCAAGCCCUGCAACGAUUCCACCUCCAUUCUCCAAGGUGUCAUCUGCAACAAUGGCCGCAUUUACAAGCUCUCUCUCAACAACCUAUCGCUCCGGGGAACCAUAUCCCCAUUCCUCUCCAACUGUACCAAUCUCCAAGCUCUUGACCUCUCCUCCAACUUCCUCACCGCUCAAAUCCCCCUGGAACUUGAGUCUCUUGUCAACCUCGCCGUUCUGAACCUCUCCUCCAACCGUCUCGAAGGGGAUAUUCCCCCGCAGCUGGCAUUAUGCGCCUAUCUCAACAUCAUCGACCUCCACGAUAAUUUGCUUACCGGGCCUAUUCCCCAGCAAUUUGGCCUGCUCGCUCGUCUUUCCGCCUUCGAUGUGUCCAAUAACCGCCUCUCCGGGCCCAUCCCCGCCUCCCUGUCGAACCGUAGCGGGAACUUGCCCAGAUUCAACGCCAGCUCCUUCCUGGGGAAUAAGGAUCUCUACGGUUACCCGUUGCCGCCUUUUAGGAAUAGUGGGUUGUCCAUUUUAGCCAUUGUUGGGAUUGGCAUGGGGAGUGGCCUCGCCAGUUUGGUUCUUAGCUUCACCGGAGUUUGUGUCUGGUUAAAAAUCACCGAGCGCAAGAUGGCGCUGGAGGAAGGCAAAAUCAGCCACCUUAUGCCCGAUUAUUGAAACAUUAAUCACAAAUUACAAUACUUUCAAAUAUUCCAACCCAUCUCUCAUUCAACUGCAUCCAAAAAAAAAAAAAAAUAGUGCCCGUACCAGGUACUUAUUUUUUUUGUGUUUAUAAAAGCGAGGUUGGGUGUGGGCUACCCCUAAUUUCUUCGUACUUAUGGGUGGUUCAGAUCAUUGUCUCUUAUCUAUCACGGGGACAUAUUUUAUUUUGUAGUAAUUUAUAAAUUUAUAAUUUCUCUCUCUCUCUCUUUUUCUUUCCAUCAUAAGUAUUGACUGUUUUAAAAUUUUGCGCUUACCCGAUCCCGGUUGGCUGUAUUAUUGUUGUUUCCAUUUAUUGAAUAGGAUUAGCUUAGCAGCGUGAAAAUAAAUUUUGAAAGAGGUGCAUGGGUGGUAUGGUACUGAUGUUGUGCAGCUUUAAUUUUGUUGCUUGUUGUGUUGAUGCAUGGAUUG